AUGUCUUCGUUGUACCAUGCCUUCCUUCUCUGUCAAGUUUGGACGGUCUAUUGCGAGUCUGCUGGAAGUCUGCAUCCUGUGAAUUCGAAUGCCCAUCGUGCAGCCAACGCAACUGCGCUGGAAUUUUGGUUGAAGAUUGCACCAACGAUUACACACUUUCUCUCUGUCUCGGAAGAUGCUGCCGCAAUCAAUGGACAUCUUCUAACGGUGCUGGAGGAACUGAAGGAGUGUCGCUCCAUUAUAGUUGAUAAGGUGGGUCCUCUAUUUUGA